GAUAUCCCCACUAUAUCAACUUUCCGUUUCAAAAUCGCCGCGAACUGCUGGCAGACGCGAAAUGUUGAGUGGUAGGUGAAGGUGUGCGAAUUAAUUUUUUUUGCUCAAAUAACUGUCAGUUAAGUGCGAAAAAUGGCCCCAAAACUAAGGCACCCUUUUAUCGAUGGACUGAGAAAUGUUCCCGAAAACAGGAAAAAAGAACUGAACAAAAUCAAAAUUUGGAUGCAUUCGCAACCCCACUUACCACACAUUUCAGACGAAUACAUCUACCUCUUCCUCCAUGCUGCUUAUUACAACAUCGAUAAAACGAAAACUUGCAUCGAAAAUUAUUUCACGAUUCGAGCAAGCGCUCCAGCCAUUUUCAACGACAGAGACCCUUACUCGCCUCGGAUGCAAGUCAUGAUAAGUCUUGGAAAUCUGAUCAGACUGCCUAAGGCGACCCCGGAAGGGUACAAAGUGCUCUUGUACAGUGUUAGGGACCCAGACCCCACCAAAAUGAUCUUCAGUGAUGCUGUUAAAGGGUUCUGCAUGUACAACGACUGCGUCUUGUCGGAGGAUGGCCUAGCUGAGGGUUACAUUGUUAUUUUCGAUAUGAAAGGUGUUUCGAUCGGACACCUUGCCAGAGUCAGUCUUCCAGCCCUUAAGGCUUUCAUGUUCUACAUUCAGGAAGCUCAUCCAGCUCGCUUGAAAGGCAUCCAUAUCCUGAACACAGCUUCCUGGAUCCACCACAUCAUGAGAAUCGUCUUGCCUUUGAUCAAGUCAGAGCUUUUAAGCAUGGUUAAGUUCCAUAAAGGUUGUAUUCCUGAGGGAGUCCCCCAGGAGCUCUUGCCUGCCGAUUACGGCGGUGAAGCGCCCUCUGUGGAAGAAUUGGACACUGAGACGAAGAGUAUGGUCGAUAAAUACGCCUCCUGGCUUAAGGAGUCGGUUCAUUUUAAAGCAGAUGAAAGUAAAAGAGUUAAGAAAGCGUCCUGGUGGGGUCUUUUCAGUGGAAGCAACUCCACGGAAAGAAUAGAUGAAAAAACAAUCCUUAAGAACUUACAAAUCGAUUGAGAUUUGCCGCUAUUUAGAUAAUGUGUUAUAAUAACGUUGUAAAUAAAAUUGAAUAUUGUUUGGUUAGGGCUCAAACUAUGUAAGUCAUUAAUAAGAGAGUGUCUGUUGUCUAUUAUAUUAUUAUUUGUUGUGAAUAUUAAAGAAUUAAUUACGAAUAAACCAUAAGUUAUGAA